UGUUGAUGAUAGCUCCUUUAUAGGAGUUUCAUUAUUCCAUAAGAUACAAUAUUUCUGUGCCGUUCAAUUUUCGCCUAGGAAAAUGUCUUCAUAAUCUCAUAAAAAAACUUCAGGAUCGACCAUAAGGUGAAAAUACAAAAAGUGGUGAAACUAUGGUUCAAGUUUCAGAACCGAUACCAGGGUCUGGAUUCGGUUAUCGACAUAUUCAGUAUGUCCUUUUAUUCUGUUGUUCUGUCGUAGCCUAUGGAAGUAGGACAAUUUUGAAUGUGGCUAUAGUAGAAAUGAUUCCAGAGGAUUCAGUAGUCAAGGAUUAUCCAACGUAUCCAGAAUGGAAGGAUCAUAAAAACACGGUACUCUCCUCAUUCUUCUGGGGCUACAUUUGCCUUCAAGUGGGUGCAGGACAAUUAGCGAAAAAUUAUGGGCCGAAAUUAUUUUUGGGCGGCGCCAUAUUCAUUGGAUCGCUCUUCUCUAUCCUCAUUCCUGUAUUCGGAAAACAGUUUGGAUACAUUGGGGUGAUAGUUUGCAGGAUUAUCCAAGGAAUGACUCAAGGUUUCAUGUUACCGUCCACUCAUAACCUGCUGAGCUCCUGGGCCCCACUUUCAGAAAGAGCCAAAUGGGGGGGAAUAGUAUAUAAUGGUAUGGCUUUGGGUAAUGUUAUUGCUAUGCCAUUAACAGGUGCAAUUUGCUCCACAAAUGCAGGUUGGCCUGUCGUUUUUUACCUAUACGGAAGUCUAGGAAUGAUUUGGUGUACAUUAUGGUUCAUUUUUGCAGCAGAUAAACCGGCGAAACAUAAAAAUAUAUCAAAGGAAGAAAGAGAAUUUAUUGAAAACAAUUUGGAUAGUAAAGACGAUUAUUCGAAAAUUCCAACUCCUUGGAAGUCGAUUUUCACUUCGGUUCCAUUUAUCACUUUGAUAAUAACUCAUUGUGCCCAGAAUUGGGGAUUCUGGACACUACUUACGGAAAUUCCAAGCUUCCUGAAAAAUAUCAUGGGACUAAAUAUUGCAACGAACAGUUCUCUAUCAGCCUUGCCCUAUUUGAUGAUGUUUCUUUUGGGAUUUGUCAUGAGCCCCAUUGCUGAUAUGUUGAUCAGAAAGAAUAUAGUCAGCGUCACCACAAGCAGAAAAAUUUUCAACACUAUUGGUUUUGCAGUUCCAGCCUUAGCGUUGAUAUCUCUAAUAUUUGUUGAGGCUGGAAACAAAGUGGCGACAAUAGUCAUUCUGGUAAUUGCAGUGGGAUUCAACGCCGGUCAAUUGAGUGGAUUCAAUCUGAAUCAUAUUGACCUGUCUCCAGUCCAUUCAGGAACAUUGAUGGCUAUCACUAACAGUACAGGUGCUAUAGCAUCGAUUCUUGCUCCACUGGCAGUGGAUCUUUUCAGGAAAAUUAGUGGAUACGAAGAGACUGAUAAGCAACUUUGGAACAUCGUUUUUGGUACCGCAGGAGGGGUUUUUCUUUUUGGGGCCGUGAUUUUUGACUUAUUUGCAACAGCUAACCUUCAAAAAUGGAACGCUUCGAGUAGAAAAAGUGCUGAAGAGAACAUUCCGGAUAAAGUUCGACUGGAAAUACUGAGGAAAAUUUCCACAACUCUAUCCUACACCUAAUAUUAAUUUAUUUUGUUUAAAUAUCAAGAAUAAAAUAUAAAUUGAUUUUCUA